GACUGAGGUUUUAUUUGCUUCUUUGACAAAAAAAAUCGACAUCUGAUUAAUUUCAGAUACUUACAUGUAUGAUUCAAUCAACGACCUUUUCAGAUAUGUCAUCUUCAUUUCUCAAACUUAUCAUAUACCGUGAAGCUUGAAAUACUGACUUAAAUUUAACAAAGACAAUGACAAAAAAAAAGAAAAUUUAAUAAAAAAAAAAAUACAUAGUUACAUACAUACACACUCAUUCAAGUUUAUAACGAAAAGUACAUUAAACAACGUAUAAUGAGUAUCGUUACAGGAAAAGGACUUUACACUUUAGCAUGACAAUUUAACCUAGCAAAAAAAAAAGAAGAAAUAUAAACAGAAUAGUAAUAAACCAAACCAUUUAGAGGAUGCUUGCAGAUACUUACAGGAAAUCGGGGGUACUCAAAUGAUUGCUAUUGGUUUCUUAGUGACCAAUGUUAAAACGGUCGUCUUAAGGAAUAAAACACAAAAUGUUCAACUGCCACUUGUAGGAAUGUCCUUUCAGAAACUUUGGGGUAUAGCGACAGAGAUGUUGCCAGCGUUAACUUUUUUGGCAUCGAAAAAGUGCCUUCCUCCCAAGACGAGUCUGUGUAUAUCGAUAUAUCUCUGUACAGAAGAAUCUGUAUUUUCCACUUUAAAUACUUCGACACAAAAACACUUUGAGUUAUCCACUUUUAAUACUGUCGAACUCUUAUAUAUAUAUAUCUACUUCUUCAGAAUAGUCGGUGCUUUCCACUUAAUAGGAAGAAAAAUUUGAUGCACAAGUGUCCUUGGAAACAUCUUUUGAUGCGCUUGAAAAUACAACAUGUCUCUCUUAGAUGAAUCGCCACCUCCUUCGUACGAUUCCAUUUACGGAAAACUUAAGGAAGCAAGACAUACUUCAGAUGGGAACGUUAGUUUUGCUAAGAGAGGGUUUACAAUUAUCCUUGGAUCUACGAUCUGUACCAUUCUCCUUGUCCUGUUCCUGUCGAUACCAAUUGCUUGUAUAAUCAUAGGAAGCUUAUAUCUACAUGAUUGUCCAGCACAACGUUUAAUUCCUAUUUACUUAAUAGUAGCUGGUGCUUUCUCUAUUGUCAAAGAUCUGUCUAGUUUGCUACAGAAAAGUAAAGCCAAGAGAACCGAGGAGGAACAAGAAGGGGGUGCACCGACAAAUUUCUUUGAUGGAUUGAUUGGUUGUUUUCUAUUUGCUUGGUUCAUUUGUGGCAACGUAUGGAUAUACAGAACACACAACAAUUUCUCUACUGAUUCUACGAAAGCUGAUUACUGUCAACCAGUACUGUUUUACUUCUCCUUCUGGUUACUGAACGCUACCUACAUUCUCAUAGGAAUCUCCUGUCUAUUGUGUUGCUGUGGCGUCAGUUUCGCUUGCUGUGCAAAGGAUGACUGAUAAAAAGUUACUAACUUUGAUAAUUAUAAUAAUUUUAAGUAGUUCAACUAACAUUUGUUAUAUGAGGGUCUGGAUGGGGAUUACAGAGUAGAGAAUAAUAGGCAAAAGGGGCAGAAUAAAGAGUAAAAUAAAAGUUUCGAGAAAAAUGGACAAAAAAAAAGAAUAGAGAAUAAUGGGCAAAAAAUAUAAAGAAUAGGGAAAUAUGACCUAAAAAAUCUAAGAAUACAGAAAGAUGGACCCCAUUCAUACCCUCUUAUAUGUUGUAAGAUAUUAGUAUUUUUUCAGCUUUCUCAUCUUUUUGGUUUAAAUUCUGUUGCAAAUACUUAAUAUGUAAAUAUUUGAUAUAAAGAAAACAUUCGUAAACUCAAUAGCGAGUUUAGUAGAAUUUUGUUGUUGAUAGGUUUUAACAACAAACAAAAGUUGGAAAUCUUUCUCAAUAUAAUAAUGGUUUCUUUCCUUCAGAUUAUUUUAUUUUUUCUUUUUUUUUUAAAUUAUUCUAAUUUUCUGAAUAUAGUUUUAUAGGUUAAGAUAAUCCUUAGUGUGUUCCUUUACUAGAAAUGGUGAAUAUGGCCAAAUCUUUUUUUACGGAAGUCGAACUGUCUUCGUUUUUAUUUGACAACGAUUUUGGAUGGGAGAUUUUUUUUUUUAAUCUUAAGAUGUCUUUAUUUGUACUUUACAAAUAUCUGUGUAAUCAAAUAUUAAUGUUGUUGGGACUGUUAAUGUGGGUGACCAUUAACAAAAGAAGAUGUGGGUAUAAGUCAAUGAGACCGGAACCCAACAACAGUUUAUCUUUUUUUUAAUAAUUUUAAUUUUAUUCAUAAACGAGAAGAAUGUCAUUGUCUUUUCCUGGAAUUUACAAUGUUCUCCCUUUAUAUUAUAUCAUAUAUGAAAAAAAUGUAUAAAUAUUCUGACAUUUCAUUGUUACCGUUCCAUAUAUUAUAUUUCCAAUGUAAAAUAUUCAUUGUUAAAUGCUUAUAAUAACCUUGAUACCUGGUAGUCACGGUAAAAUAUAGAAACGGGGGAGGGGACAUACAUAGAGAUUUGAUAUGAUCUGCUGCACAUCAUCCAACUUAAAAAGCUAUAAAUUCGUUUGUUUGUUUGUUUGUUUGUUUGUUCGUUCGUUCGUUCGUUGUUCGUUCGUUCGUUUAUUCAUUCAUUUAUUCUUUCGUCUGUGCUAUAGAAUGCUAAGCUAUUAUUACUAACGCUUGUUUGGAACAAUAAAAAGUAAACACGA